AUGACAACAAUUCCUGGAUCAGGAGAAAAUGAAGAACAAUUCUUUCACAUCAUGGAAGGCAUCCGACAGCUCGCGGUUUACCCAUACGCCACGAGUAAGGCCACCAAAAAUGAAGUUAGGACAAUGGCGAUCAAGGCGCUCAGGCUCCCCGACAGCGUCAAACACUUGAAAGAAGGACCUAAGGACAAGGCCUUGGCUUGGGAUGAUAACAGCAAUCAUUCAAUCACAGUAACAGAGGAUUUGGACGUCAACAGAGAUACACCAGGGGUCGUGGAACCUACCACAAGUCUUUUUUUGGACGCAGCAAGGGCCAGCUACACACAGAGGCCCAAAGCUCCAGUCAAUCCCAAUAAGGCCGCCAUCAACGCCGACGUCUUUCCCCUCGACAACGGCGCAUUACACCAUACCAAGCGGUGGCAUCUUACCAGGGGGUCGUAUCCAAUGUUUCUUAGAGUAAUGGAAACGGACAAUAUUUCAUUCAGAGCCUGUGUCGGUAGUAACACAAGGAUAUCAACUACAGUGGAACCACAAACCUCGACCAUGGAAAUAUAUUUCGAGGAAGUUCACGGAAGAGGAGCAAGUAGCAGUGGACGAAGCAGUGAAGAAAUUUCUGAAUUCCGGCAUAAUCGAGCGCUCUCCGUCUCAGUGCAAGAGCUACCUGUCGGAAUUCUUUACAGUGAAAGAACCAAACAAACGCAGGCCGAUAUUGGAUUGCACGAGCUUGAACCAGCGCAUUUAAUGCAAUCACUUCAAAAUGGAAGGUGUAUCAGCCUUACGGGAGUUGUUAGACAAGAACGAUUACAUGCGCAAAAUAGAUUUGAAAGAUGCAUUUGUAGUAGCUUUGAUUGGUAA